AUGAGUGAUGUACCUGUCCAUAUUCGAAACUACUCUACUCGUCAUGUGGAUGUUUCGAUCGGAGAUAGGGGCCCAGCGGCAGAGUGGAGGCUGACUGGUAUUUAUGGAUUCGCUCAGGCUGCAGAUCGCUCAGAGACAUGGAAUUUGAUGAGACAAUUGGCUGCACAGUCUAAUCUACCUUGGACUAUAGUCGGGGACUUCAAUGAAAUAGCAGAUAACACUGAGAAAACGGGAGGUGUGCCUCGUAGGCUCCCACAGAUGCAAGCCUUCAAACAAGCAAUGGCAGAUUGUGACUUGAUUGAUAUGGGAUAUUUUGGUAGUCCGUACACAUGGUCUGAUUACCAAACUAAGGAGAGGCUAGAUCGGAGUUUAUGGAAUGUAGGACUGCGUAAUUUGUUCCCUUGUUCCCGUACUACACACCAGCCCCCCAGCAUUUCAGAUCAUAGUCCUCUCCUUGUUGAGGUUAGUGAUGCCCCAGUUCCUCACUCUGGGAGGAAGAAAGCAAGGUUUCGAUUUGAGCAGCUUUGGGCUACUCACCAAGAAUGUGAGGAGGUGAUUCAGAGAGGCUGGCAAACGGUUACUGCUGGUGAUCCUAUGAGCAGGGUGUGUCAGCGUAUAAAACAAACUGGGCAGGAGUUGUACAAAUGGCAAAGGCAUACUUUCAAGUUUCGACAGGAAGAAACCGUGUGGAUACAAAGGUCUAGGGCUUUGUGGUUAAAGGGUGGAGACCGUAACACUACUUAUUUUCAUCGUCGUGCUUCUAAUAGGCGGCAACGUAAUCAAAUCCUGGGACUAUUUGAUGAUACCGGUCGUUGGGUUAAUGAGCCCCACGAGAUUGAGAGGGUAGUUAAUUCUUAUUAUCAGAAAUUAUUUCUUACUGAGGGUUCAAACCUAACAGCUAGAGAGCUGAUCCUUAAUACUGUGCAGCCUAAGGUGUCUUUGGCAAUGAAUCAGGAGUUGAUGUCUUCUUACUCUGAUGAGGAGGUGUGCGUAGCUCUCUUUCAAAUGCAUCCUUCAAAAUCUCCCGGACCGGACGGUAUGUCUCCUUUCUUUUUUCAAGAGUAUUGGACUAAGGUUGGACCGGAUGUUUGUACAGCAGUAAGGCAUUUUCUUUCAUCAGGGGUGUUACUGAAAGAGGUUAAUUACACUCAUGUGACAUUGAUACCUAAGGUUAAGGAUCCUCAGCAUAUGACUGACCUACGGCCCAUUGCUUUAUGCAACGUGUUGUAUAGAAUUUGCUCUAAGGUUCUUGCAAAUAGGUUGAAAAAAAUACUGGGAGAAGUCAUUUCACCUUUGCAGAGUGCAUUUGUACCAGGCCGAUUGAUUUCAGAUAAUACACUUGUGGCAACUGAACUGGCUCAUUAUUUGCAUACAAAUCGUGGGGGUGGUGAUGGUCAUUUUUCUUUAAAAUUGGACAUCAAUAAGGCUUAUGACAGAUUGGAGUGGCCUUUUAUUAAAGCUAUGUUACUGAAGCUUGGUUUUGAUGCUACGUGGGUGGAGUUAAUUAUGGCUAGUAUUAACACUGUCAGCUAUUCUUUUCUUGUGAAUGGAGAGUAUCGUAAUAUUUUGCAUACGUAUGAAAUAGCUUCUGGGCAGCGUGUGAAUUUACAGAAGAGUAAUGUGGCGUUUAGCAAAAAUGUGUGCAUGGAGAGGCAACUCUUUUUAGCUAAUUUGCUUGGAGUUGAGAGAGUUGACAAGCAUAACAGGUAUCUAGGGUUGCCUACUUUUGUGGGAAGAUCAAAAACUGCUGCUUUCAGUUACUUAAAAGAGAGGCUUACAAAGAAGGUGGUGAGUUGGCGUGCAAAGCUACUUAGUGGUGCAGGGAAAGAGAUUCUAAUAAAAGCUGUUGCUCAAACAAUCCCAAACUAUGCCAUGAAUUGUUAUAUGCUACCAGUGGGUUUGUGUGAUGAUCUACAACAACUGUGUGCAGGCUUCUGGUGGGGAGACUCGGAAGAAAAGCAAAAAAUUCAUUGGCAUUCAUGGGAUAGAUUGUGUAUUCCUAAAAUGGAGGGUGGUAUGGGUUUUAAGAAUCUUCACUGGUUCAAUCUUGCGAUGCUUGCGAAGCAAGGAUGGAGAAUUUUAAAAAAUCCAGAAUCACUUGUAGCUAGACUGUACAAGGCUGUCUAUUAUCCCGAAGGUGAUUUUAGUACUGCAAAGUUGGGAGAUAGGCCUUCUUUUCCUUUUCGUAGUAUAUGUGAAGCUCGAACUGUUCUGCUACGUGGACUUAGAUGGAAAAUUGGUAAUGGGGAGUCUGUUGAUAUUUGGCAUGAUUGUUGGAUUCCUGAUUCUUUUCCUAGAUUUCCUUCUUCUCCUCCUCCUCCGAGGGAUGCUCCAAAGAAAGGUAAUUUUACCACAAAUAGUGCAUAUUUCGUUGCUCGUGAUAUUGCUUUAGGGCUCAUGUUGGCUCCUCCUGCACCGGUUGACCCCUAUAGAAAGUUAUGGGCAGCUAUUUGGCAUGCUAAAGUGCCACCGAAAGUUGCUCUCCAUGCUUGGAGGUCGUGCGUGAAUAUUCUGCCUAAUCGAACUUGCCUUAGUUCAAAGGGCUAUUUGGGUGAAAUUAGCUGUUUGCUAUGUAAUAAUGGCCUAGAGAAUGGUGUUCAUUUAUUCACUCAGUGCGGUUAUGCAUUAGAUGCUUGGGUAGCAGUUGCGUUGCCAAUGCCUACGGUGGUAGUAUCUGACUUGAAAGAUUGGCUAUUAUUGUUAGCUAAUACUUUCAGUAAGGAGCAGUUUAAUAAGGCCUUAAUGGUUAUGUGGGCUAUUUGGAAAAACCGGAAUGCACAAUUGUGGGAAGGUGUGAAGUUGGCCCAAACUUUGCAACUUGAUAAGGUAGAAUUCGAAACUGAUUGUCUACUACUUGUGCAUGCCUUGGAGCAAGAAGAUACAGAUUGUUCAAAUUUGGGCUUUAUACUUGAAGAAGUGAAGGAGUUAAUGCGAGGACAUGUGCAUUACAUGGUCAGAUAUGUUCCUAGAGAUGCUAAUAUGGUGGCACAUAGAAUAGCUAGCCAUUCUUUGUGUAAUAGUGACAGCCAAACAUGGCUUAUAAUUGCUCCCGAGUUUAUAAGGGAUGUCAUUCUAAACGAGUGUACUCGUUAA